GGGCGGCCGUUCCCUUCGGCUCCCAGCUGCUCUCAGCGAGCGAUUCCGGGGCUGCCGAAGGGGAGACGCGUGUUUCUCCUCCGGGCCGGGGAACAAGGGAGUUUGUUUCAACCCGGCAGAAGCCGCUGCAAUGAUUUCCCGCAGGUGGUUCCAUCCAAAUAUCAGUGGGAUUGAAGCAGAGAAGCUGCUCCUAACCAGGGGCAUCCAUGGCAGUUUUUUGGCCCGCCCGAGUAAAAGCAACCCUGGAGAUUUCACCUUAUCGGUCAGGAGGAACGAUGAGGUGACCCACAUCAAAAUCCAAAACACGGGCGAUUAUUACGACCUCUACGGAGGGGAGAAAUUUGCCACCUUGGCGGAGCUGGUCCAGUACUACACCGAGCAGGAAGGGCUCCUCCGCGAGAAGAACAGCAACACCAUUGAGUUACGAUUCCCACUCAAUUGCCAGGAUCCCACCUCAGAAAGAUGGUAUCAUGGCCACCUGACUGGCAAGGAAGCCGAGAAGCUCCUUACCGACAAAGCCAAACCCGGCAGCUUUUUGGUCCGCAGCAGUCAAAGCAAACCGGGCGACUUCGUCUUGUCCGUUUUGACGAACGAGGAUAAAGCCGACACGGGAGACCGGAAACCCCGCGUGACCCACAUCAUGAUCCGUUAUCAGCUGGAUGGGAAGUAUGACGUGGGCGGAGGAGAGCGAUUCGACACCCUGGCGGACUUGGUGGAGCAUUACAAGAAGAACCCCAUGGUGGAGAAGUCAGGGGUCGUGGUACACCUGAAACAGCCUUUCAACGCCACCCGGAUCAUCGCGGCCAACAUCGAGAACCGAGUCAAGGAGCUGAACAAAAUGGCCGACCAAAGCGAGAAGGCGAAGCAAGGAUUCUGGGAGGAAUUUGAGAUGUUACAACAACAGGAGUGCAAAUUUCUCUAUCCCAGGAAGGAAGGACAGCGAGUCGAGAAUAAGGCGAAAAAUCGCUACAAAAAUAUCCUUCCAUUUGACACAACCCGAGUGGCUCUCUGGAACGCCGAUCCCAGAGUGCCGAGUUCCGAUUACAUCAAUGCCAAUUAUAUUAAGAACACUCUCGAAGACGGCUGCAGCGCCGAACACUGUAAAGUCUACAUCGCCACCCAGGGCUGCCUCCAAAGCACCGUCAACGACUUCUGGACCAUGAUCUACCAGGAAAACACCCACAUCAUCGUCAUGACCACCAAGGAGGUCGAGCGAGGCAGGCUCCAGGAAGAGCGGCCCAGAAAAAUCAAGCACUUCCAGUAUUUCAGCUGGCCUGAUCACGGUGUCCCUAAUGAACCGGGUGGCGUCCUCAGCUUUUUGGACCAAAUCAACAAGGCUCACAGAAGUAUUCCUGAGUCGGGACCAAUUGUGGUGCAUUGCAGUGCUGGGAUAGGACGAACGGGCACGAUCAUCGUGAUAGACAUGCUGGUGGACACCAUUCACCGACAAGGUUUGGAUUGUGACAUCGACAUCCCGAAGACGAUCCAGAUGGUACGGAGGCAGAGGUCGGGCAUGGUGCAAACAGAAGCCCAGUACAAAUUUGUCUACAUGGCUGUGCAACAGUUCAUCGCCAUGCAGCAAAAGGAGCUAGAAGAGGAACAGAGAUGUCUACGGAAGGACACGGGUUACCUAAAUAUCCGAUACUUGCCGAUGGAAAAACCCAGAGCCAAAACUCGCCCUACUUCACCUCGGCUCCAGAUAGGAGUGGCUGACGAGGAAACGACCUCCGUCUACGAAAACCUGAGUAUCAAAACCGCCAAGGUCUCAGGGUACACUAACUCAGGAAGAUAGUAGCUAUAGAGCAGGAUGGCAGGCAGGUGGCUUAUAAAAUAGGUAGGCAAUGUGUCCCAAGGUGUGUUAUUUUAUGUCUCCUGAGAUGACAAGGCCGGUGGAUCACACAUCAGCAAGCGCUGCUGCACCGUUAGGACCUUCCUCUCCAGAAACCCAGCCCUGUUUGAAAACUCGGUUCCUCCCAGCUACUCCAUUUCAGGAUGAUUUUUCUUGUAGACUUUAAAUAUCACUGCGCCACGUUGGGAUGGGAGGAACGAAAAAAACGGGAAAACUG